GUUAUGACUUUUGUCUCAGCGUUUGCGGCUUUUUGCCUGUGUGUUAAUAUUUUGGUAUAAACAAUUUAGUUAAAACAUCAAUGUUUAUAAAAGUUUUUACAAAUGAAGAUGAACGCUACUAGUUUGUAUGUUUCUACUUGUCGUUUGAUAAUUCUCGCUGACGCAGCUGAUAAAAGUUCGUGGACAGACUUGUUUCGUUUGGUUCCUUAUUUACGACAAUCUCUAUCGUGUACUGUGUGCGGUAAUUUAUUAAAAGAACCUUACACUCCAACUAGCUCCGGCUGUCAACAUCACGUCUGUAAAAACUGUAAAGGCGGAAGAAAAAAAUUAAAACCAUCGUGUAGUUGGUGUAAAGAUUAUGAGAACUAUACAGAAAAUUUACAGUUACGCAUACUUUUGCAGUGUUACAAAAAACUUUGUGAAUAUUUUAUGGGAACUGAUACAUAUAAAACAUUACUCGAAGAAGAUGAGAUAGCAGCGGGAGUGAAUGGCGGUACAGUCGCAAGUUCGGGCUUAAUAGAUUUAAUACAAGAAGGAGCGGGAUUUAACGACGACUACAAAAGUACAGCGGGUCUCUCUAAAUCCGCUUAUAGCAUACUACCCUGUGUUUAUACCAACUCAGCUUCUACACAGACUCAAGCGGCAUCAACAUCAAGUAAUUCUGAUUCAAGAUCAACUAAUAAAGAUUCUCCAAAUUCUAGAGAUAUUUCAAAUGGGUCCCCACUUUACUCUGUUAUGUAUGCAGGUUCGGGAAAUAAAAUCACGAUCAAACGGAAAGCAGUUGAUGAAACAGAUUCAACACCAUCAGAAACCAGACCAAGAGAGAAUAAAUCAAAUCAGCUCGGUUUUAAGAAGCCAUCAAAUAGAACACGUAGCUCAACUAGUAGUAAGAGAAAAGGAUGUCGAUGUGGUAAUGCAACUGCGACGCCUGGGAAACUGACAUGCUGCGGACAGAGAUGUCCAUGCUAUGUAGAGAGUAAACCGUGUACUGAGUGCAAGUGUAAAGGAUGCAGAAACCCUCACAGACCGGAUGGAAUGAAGGUCAGACCUCACAUACCUCAACUAGACACACUUCAACUAACUCUAAGCAGCAACCCAGACAGCUCUCCAUCCUGUUCAGGUUCAAUGGACAGUCUUGAUACUGACACCCUCACCAUGGAAGCAAUGGAGGAAUCGUUAACAUUUACCACAGAAUUAAAAUCAUCUAAUAUUAAAGUAUACACAAGUCAAUUACAAGACAUAUCACCGUCAUUACCAGCUACAAUAAUGAUGGAUGAAGAGUUGCCUGGCUCGCCAGAUGAUGACAUGAGUUCCCCUCAUGAUUACACUCAAUGUUCUCCAAGAGAUCAUGACUUUGAUCCCGAAUCUCCACAAUCAACAGGCACCCAUGACCUGAAUAGUGACAUAGAAGUUGAUGUAUGA